GUGUUCUGUGUGUGUGUGUUUUUUUUUGGGGGGGGGGUGUCUGUUCUCUGGCAUGUUGCAGGUUUAUGUGUAAUUUAUUGUUUCCUGUUAAAAGACCAGACUGUGCAUUUCAGGCUCUGAACUCUGAACCUCCUGGUGAACCUGGCUGUUUUCAAGAGCCGAGGAGGAUUUGGUUUGAAGUUGAUUAAAGAGCACAAGGAGAAAAAAGAAGUGCAAAAAGUGUGACUUGAAGAAGAGUGUUGAACAGCUGUGAAGCUGUGAGGGUAUUUAGGCCCAUUUUUGAAGGGGGUUCUUAGGUUUAGAGCCAGUUUCACAUUCGAAAAGCUGCAGGCUGUUGUCCACAGGCUGAACCCUCACACACACACACAGUUUUGGGCGAGUCAGAACACUCAGCACUGUCUGGGGGGGUCAUUUCUAAAACCCUGGUGGUGCAACACAGCGAUGGCCAUGGUGGGUGGGGGAUGGGGCAACCCUAAUGGGAGCACCAAUGGCCUAGGGGAGAAGGGCUACCUGCAGGGGGAGGAGGAUGAGAGCUCCCCGCAGGCAGGGAACAGCGAUGCAGAGGGGGGAGAGGACGACAAGGCCUGUGUGGUGGACUGCGUGGUCUGUGGGGACAAGUCCAGUGGCAAGCACUACGGUGUCUUCACCUGCGAGGGCUGCAAGAGCUUCUUCAAGAGGAGCGUCCGCCGCAACCUCAGCUAUACCUGCAGAUCAAACAGAGAAUGCCAGAUCGAUCAGCAUCAUCGCAACCAGUGCCAAUACUGUCGUCUGAAGAAGUGCUUCCGUGUUGGCAUGAGAAAAGAGGCAGUCCAGCGUGGGCGCAUCCCGCCAUCCCACUCAGGCAUCAGCCCCACCUCCAUGGUUGGUGGUGGUGGUGGUGGUGGGGUCGGUGGACCGGCCAUGGGGGGUGACUUUUUCAACGGUCAGCCUGCGCCCGAGCUUAUAACCCAGCUCCUGAGAGCUGAGCCCUACCCCAGCAGCCGCUAUGGAGCCCAGUGUGGCCAGCAGCUCGGGGGAGGCAACAGCGCCGUCAUGGGCAUUGACAACAUCUGUGAGCUGGCGGCCCGGCUACUCUUCAGCAUCAUUGAGUGGGCCCGGAACAUUCCCUUCUUCCCUGACCUGCCUGUGUCGGAGCAGGUGGCUCUGCUGCGGCUCAGCUGGAGCGAACUGUUCAUCCUGAAUGCGGCCCAGUCGGCCCUGCCGCUCCACAUGGCCCCACUGCUGGCUGCCGCUGGAUUCCACGCCUCGCCCAUGUCUGCCGAGCGUGUCGUCUCCUUCAUGGACCAGGUGCGCGUCUUCCAGGACCAGGUGGACAAACUGACGCGGCUGCAGGUGGACUCCGCCGAAUACAGCUGCCUCAAAGCCAUCGCCCUCUUCUCUCCAGAUGCGUGUGGACUGACAGACCCAGCCCAUGUGGAGAGUCUACAGGAGAAGGCCCAGGUGGCCCUGACCGAAUACGAGCGCAUGCAGUAUCCCACCCAGCCGCAGCGUUUCGGCCGUUUGCUGUUGCGCCUGCCCUCGCUCAGAGCCGUGCCCGCUAACCUCAUCUCUCAGCUCUUCUUCAUGCGGCUGGUUGGCAAGACGCCCAUCGAGACGCUCAUCCGAGACAUGCAGCUCUCAGGCAGCUCAAUUAGCUGGCCUUAUGUGCCCGGACAGUAACCGAGUUGACUAGCUGCAGUCAGCUGCUCAGACUGACUUCCAUGUUUUGUGUGGGCUUUAUAGGUUCUCAGUAUGUGAUUUCUUAGUCGCUGCGUGAAUGUUCAUGUUGUGUUAUAUUCUGCAACACCUCUCUGCUCAUUUAGUGUACAUGGUGAAGGAUAAAAGGUCAGUACGCUGUCAUGUGUCCUUAGGCGCAUUUAUCGAGUCACUCAAGUUUGGGAUACCUCAGGUUUUUUACUUAAAUGGCAAAACUCACAGAGGUGACUCUAUCAUACAUGCACAAGCACAAUGGCAGACCAUUGACUACGAACAAUGACAGAAAGUAUUGUAAGGUAAUUACAAAGGAAACUGAUAAAAUGAUGGGAUUGCAGCCCUAAAGAGCUGAUUAGUCUCAGUUCUGUGAUUAUGUAAGACUGAUCUCGGUCCAGCUUUAAACAUGAGAUAUUACGGGAGAUUUCUUGGUACCUUAAGAAUCAUAAUUGCUAUAUUAUAAUGAGUGUAGUUUAGAUGAAGACUCAUGAAGGUAUUGUCAUGGACUGCAAUGCUAGGUCAUGAAAUUUGGGAAGCCUGACCAGUUACUUGAAAAAUCAGUGAUGAAUAAUGUAUUGUGAUGAUCGCAUUGUUGGAAAAGUUCUGUGUACUCCUACUUAAUUGGGUCCAAAAAACCAAACAUUUCAUACUGACGACCAUGAAAAAUAUCCAAUAUUUUUGCAUACUAAUAAUAAAGACAAAAUAUUAAUUCAAGAA